UGUCAUUUGGAUGAUAAAAAGAAAAAUAUGAUGUCGCACAAGCUCGUCGCGUUCGUAAGGACGUCCCUGACGGCAUUCAACGCUUCCAAGACUCUUCUCGGUGCCGAGCGAAAUUUCGCCAACUUGAGAUGCCUAUGCAGCAAUGAUGUAGUUUCUGACAGAAAAUAUUUUCAUGGGGGCUACAGGCAAAGCUUUGGUCAAAACAAAAGACCCGCUGUGUUGCUGGCAACUAGCUUAGCAUUUUUGGGUCUCUUUGAGAGUAAAAAAGAAGAGGAGUCCGAUGAAGCUGCAUUGAUUUCAGCUAUCAAGAGGUCCAUACUUAUGAUUCAGAAAAAUGAAUUCAAAAAAGCUGAACAAAUGUUACAUCUGGCUUUACGUCAAGCUCAAACUCUUCAAAGUGAAGACGGUAUUACUUAUGUUUAUGAUGUAAUGGCCAAUCUGGCUUUUAAGGUUGGAGAAUACGACAAAGCUCAAAAGCUAUUCAGAUCUGUGAUGCAGAGAGAAAUUGCCAAAGGCACACCUCAGGAUGAUAUUAAAAUUGUACAUAUGAGUAUGAAAAUGGCUAAAAUUUUGGAGCUCAAGGGGGACAGUGACAAUGCAGAAACUGGAUAUCAAUGGUGCAUGAAAAUUUUGCAAGAUCAUGUUGAUAAAGGAACGGAAGACAUUGAAAUAUUAACACUAUGGGCUAUGAAUCUAGAUUUCCUAGCACACUUAUUGCUCUCAAUGUCACGAUACACUGAAGCAAUGAAGUACAUGGAAAAAGCAUAUGUUCAAUGUGUGAAACUAAAUGGUGAAGAACAUGAACAAAGCGUAGUACUUUUGAAUGAUUUAGGAUCUAUAAGUUUUUUAAAAGGAAAUUUAGAUGAUGCUAUUGACUAUUUGAAUAAAGCCAUAGAAAUUGGAGAAAAAUUGCCAGCAAUGGAAUCGUUAGCUUCCAUUUAUGUAAACUUAGGAAAUGUUCAAUUGAAAAAAGGUCUCUUAGAUGAAGCUAAGAGAUGUUGUGCAAAAGGAUGGAGAUUAGCAAAAAAACUUAAAGAUCAAGAGUCAGUUGAAGAAGCAAAAACGUGCCUUGAUGAAGUGGAAAAGUUAUUUACCAAGUAAAAAUAUCUAGUCCUUAUCACAAACCAGAAGUUGUUUUCAUUAAUACUGUUUGUUGUAAAUAUAUGUAUAUUUAUAUUUUAAGUCACAAUAUAGAAGUUACCAUCAAAUUGUCAACUCAAUAAUUGUUAUGUAUAUUUAAAUCUUAUGUAGAUGAAACAAUUUCUUAAUUAUAAAAUAGUCACUACAUUGCAACUUGUA